GACCGUGGUGCUGAAGUCGGGCGGGGGGGGUAGGAGUUUCUUUCCCUCCUCCUUCUCCUCCCAAACUUUUCUUACCUCUCCUGAAGUUAUGACAAGCCUCAGUGUGACUGGACGGAGACACGCUGGAAGGGGGGUGUGAAGCAGGGAGGAGGAACCGACCUGAGCUCCAGCUGCGUGAAUCGCUCAGUGAGCGGCUGAGAGAGCCAGGUGUUGAUUCAGAGCUGUGUGGGUGCUGAAAAAUGACUCAGUCUGUGCAAGUUACUCCAAAGCUGCCUGAUCUAGGCUCCCCGUUCAUUUACCCCAGUCAAGAGGAGGCAGAUCAGCAAGGCUCUUACUCUGUCCAGACUCCGUAUGGAUUUCAGCUGGAUCUAGACUUUCUUAAAUAUGUAGAAGAGAUAGAAAGUGGGCACAACCUCCGUCGUGCACCCAUCAGCUCUCGGCGCUCUGGCCGGGGCCUAAAACUCUCCCAGAGAAGUCCAGGUGUGGGGGGGCGUACUAGUGGCUGGACAUCCACUGAGUCACUAUCAUCUCCGGUCAGCGAAGAUGGGAGAGCUCCUCCACCACCGCCACCACGUAACCGCCUUGGGUCGGCUCCCUGUGAGACAGUCUCCCUUUCCCCUGUAACCCUUCUCAGUGCUCCUCCUCUCUCUGCUGGGGUCAAAGUACCACCUCCUCCACCACAACGUAACCCCAGAGUUGAGCGGACUCUGUUGGAAACCAGUCGGCGGCUACAGCAGGAACAAACCCACCAGAAUCAAAAUGGUGCGCGCUUCCAGCUUGCAGAUCCUCCCAAACAGCUCUUACCCUCUCCAGCCAUGCAGGCUCUGCAAAGUAGCUGGACGAAACCCAGUCCUCAGACCUCGGGGCGUAGCACUCCAGCUGCUGGCACCACUGUGACCCCAAUCCCACCCAGCCAGCUGCAAACAGUUAGAGAGCAAAUGGCAACAGCCUUGAAGCAGCUGAAGGAGAUGGAAGAAAGAGUAAAGGGUGUUCCUGCACUUGAGAAAGAAGUGGCCAAGCUUCGUGCGGAGAAAGAUAUGCUCUUGUUAGCUCUGCAGGAGAAGAAGGCAGCCAUGGAGUUAGCCCAGCAGAAGCAACAGUCUACAGAGUCUUCCACCCAAACCACAGAGACCCUCCACACUGACCACAGUCGAUUGACUUCACCAACCUCGACUGGACACAGAAGUCUUGUAAAACCUGGUGAGCUGAAAAGGCUGACAGAAAAGUUUGAGGGGAAAGAAGAGAAACCUCCAAAACUGUCAUGUAAGGCAUUAGUAAAUGCUCCAGAAAAAAUAGCCAUUCAGAAGAAGUCAGUGGCUGUAGGGGAUGACAUACCAAUGGCCUCUGUUGUUUUAUACUACAGAGAUAGUGUAAAAGAUGCAUCUGAAGGCACCAGGGUGAAUGUUUGUGAGAAAUGCACAGAAACAGAGCGCCCCUUGGUUCAGGAGGAGGGAACACAAACUAAAGUAGAGAUGGAAGAGGCUGAGGUUUGGGUCAUGGAGUCACUACUUGGCCUGACCACAGAAGCACAGCGGGAGAUAGACACCUUACAGGACACCAUUAAAUUCCAGCAGGAGUCCAUUGUGACUCUAGAGGAUCGGUUGAGUGUAGCCGACAAAGACCUGGGAGCCCUUAAAGCGCAGAUGGAGGAAAAAAUCUCCAAAGUCACAUUUGAGAAGGGGGUCCUUGCCAAACCUGACAUGGCAAAUGCCCAAACAGAAACACUAACUUCUGUACUAAAGCAUGCUGCAGUUUUCUGUCAUCCAGAGGUGGCUGAUGCAUGUGUAGGUGAAGAUGUAGAGGCAGAUCAAACUGAACAGGGCACACAGACUGAUGCAUUAGAGACACCAGAAGAACAAGUUCCAGCUGCUCCAGUCGUACUGGUCAGUACUGGCUGCCAAUGGGAGAACUUGUGUGAGGAAAAGACUGAAGAGCAGAAAGUCAGUGUACCAAAGAGAAGACAGCUGACCAUCGCUGAAUACAAGGUCUCACCGGAAGAAGAAGUUGCUGGAACAGUUAACAAUCAAGAGGAAGAUGAUGGAGACAAGACUGCUGUCAGCAACACCAAGACAGGUUUGCUGAAGUCUAUCAUGAAGAGGAAAGACGGGAGUAACGCAGGGGAGAAUCGCACCAGUGGCAAGAAGAGCCUGCAGUUUGUUGGUAUUCUAAAUGGAGGAUAUGAGUCAACAUCCAGUGAAGAAGAGGAGGAAGAAGAUGAAGAAGAAGAUGGGAGUUCUUCUGGAGAAAGUGUAGAAGUCGAGUGCUUGGACAGCACUGAAGAAGAUGAGGGAGCUUUGGAGGAAGAAACAUCAGAGGAGGAGAGAAACGUUAACCUGGAUGAGAGCGACACCGACAGAGAGGAAACGCUGAGAGCUGCAAAUUAUUCAUCCGAUACUGUGAAAGAAAAGUUUGAGCUGAGCUCAAAAAUGCGUGAAGCCUGUCUUAUUCUGAAGAACCACCUAAACGAUGACCUCAAAACACUGAAGAGUAAGGAAGUGCUCUCCAGCACCCAUACCGUCCAACUCGAGUGGUUUCGUAUCUCCAGCGCUAAGAUGGCUCAGCCGUCGCGAGUUUCUGACUACCUGAUGGCGUUCUCUGAGGUGUCGUCAAUGCUGCUGGCGCACGUAGUCAACAUGACAGAUGGCAAUGGGAAUACAGCUCUUCACUACAGUGUCUCCCACUCUAACUUUGGUGUGGUCGAACUGCUGCUGGACACAGGUGUGUGCUCUGUGGAUAAGCAGAACAAGGCGGGCUACACGGCCAUCAUGCUGGCUGCUCUCUCAACUGUGAAGAAGGAGGACGACAUGGCUGUGGUCAAGAAGCUCUUCAGUCAGGGUAACGUCAACGCCAAGGCCAGCCAGGCAGGCCAGACGGCAUUAAUGUUAGCAGUUAGCCAUGGGCGUCAGGAGAUGGUGCGGGCGCUGCUCGAGUGUGGCGCCGACGUCAAUGUGCAGGACGACGAGGGAUCAACAGCUCUCAUGUGUGCCAGCGAGCAUGGCCGAACUGAGAUCGUCAAACUGCUCCUGGAACAGCCUGGGUGCGACAUAUCAUUAGUGGAUACAGAUGGCAGCAAUGCUCUGUCCAUCGCACUGGAGGCGUCCCACAAUGACACAGCUGUGCUGCUCUAUGCUCAUAUGAACUACGCCAAGACUCAGACUGCUGCGGGGAGUCCAAAGGCCCAGCCACAGAGCCCCACGAGCCCACACAAGUGCUGGCCUGCAGACUGACACAAUCAAAGCCGCUGACUGAAGCGGACACACCAGCAAACAUAACUGGAUAUGAGCUUUGAAAAGCUCCACUGGAAUUUACUUAAACACAUAUUUAUAGUUUGCCAUAUGUCCUCCAUUUACACUGAUCAGCCACAACAUAAAAACCACUGACGGGUGAAGUGAAAAGUAAUUAGAUUAUUUUGUUAUUAUACCGUAUUCCACUGGUAAACUUUGGGCACUGGCAUUUAUGUGGAUGGUAAUUUGACAGAAUUUAGACUCCCUCCCCAGUCAGUGUAUCUCGCCACACCACAAAAACUGCUCAGAAACAGCUCAAGAACAUGACAAAGAACCCAAUAUGUUGAACCAGCCUCCAACCAACCAGCCUUUUCACAUCCCAAGCCCCUGGAACAAGCCCCACAAACCCACAGAACCAAAACACCCGUGUGCCAGGAAUCCCUUUUCAUGCUCUGACAGGUCAGAGCUGGGACGCCUACACUACAUAAGGCAGGACUUUUUAAUGUUCUCGCUGAUCAGUGUAUAAAUAUUUUCAAGAGAAUAUUAUAUUUCCAUAAGAUUCUUGAAUGGUUAUUAUCUACUUAUGUGCUGUUAAAAAUUAGGUCUCUAAGGUAUGUUUAUUUUUUCUGUGACAUGCCUUGAGAUCUUACAUUUAUCAUUUGCACACCACUAAUAUUUUACUAUUAAGGGCGACACAUCAUAAGCACAUAAUAUACAUUUGUUCUUUUAUAUAUACACGCACACAGUGACAUGACAACGCAUAUGUACAGUAAAUCCCAGUGUCAUCACAACCUAUCACGUGGACAUCAUAUCAGCUGUGCAUUACUGACGCCAAAUCAUACACGAUCUUCCUUUACUGCUCUGCCUUGGUUAACUGAUGUGUAAACCUUAACUGUCAUAGUCUGCACUAACUGUCUAUGCAUUGUAUGUUAUAAAUGUUUACAUAUAUAA